CCACUUUGACAGUUCGCACAGCACACAAAAAUCCUCCGAAGGCAGCAGCCAAGCAGCGGUCCAAGAAUGCUCUGCCAGCGCCAGCAGCAAGUGUAAAACGGGCAGAGAGCAGAGACGAAGGUCGAAAAAUGGCUGAAUCGAAACGAUCGUCAACAACAACGACGUCGUCCGCAUCAACAACAAACAGCUCGGCCAGCAGCAGCAGCAAGUCAUCCCGCAAGUCCAAGAAUGAUCUAAUCCGCAGCGUCGUCGGAAGUUAUCUCAAGCAGCGCAAUUAUAUGCAGAUAACCGACCGCUUCCGGAGGUCCGACCUGAUUUUGACGCAGUCCACCGAGCAGAUCGUGAUGAACAGCGCGAUCCGGAACGAGAUCUCCAAGGCGAACAGCUUUCUGUUCUCGAACGUGUUCUGCCUGAACAACAAUCCGGCCCAGGUCGAGCAGCAUUUUGUCAAACUGUGCAACUACAUCAAGUCCCAACCGGAACCGAUCCGGCGUGAGUUAUCCGAGCUGGUGAACCCCCUGCUAUGUCAUCUGUACAUAGAGAUGCUCAAGGGUCGCGACUGGCGUCCGGCGAUCGAGUUCCUGCGGAAGCACUCACCGCUCCUGGGCAAGGUCGAGCCAUCUGUGACGCCUCCCGGCAGUUCGCCGCUCAUAAUGAACCAGAAAAUCAACGGAACCGUCGAGGAGCAGCAGCAGUCGGGCAUUCCGGCGGCCACGGUUCAAAGUUCGGCCAUCGUCUACUCGCCACCGGCGACGACCUCUUCCACAGACUGUCCCCAGCUGGACACGUUCCAGCAGCUCGUCCACAAGCUGUCCCAAAUCACGCGGAUUCAGGACCUCGAAAACGACGAGCUAACUCUUCAGUUCCGAUCCUGCCAGUACGAAAUCCGACUGUGUUCGGCCUCGGUCGUUGCCCUGCGGCGCUACCUCGCCAAGUACGGCCACUCGCUUAUCCUGCAGAUCCUCCGCAGCUGGUUCUGCUUCGAGACCAGUGACGACAAGGACUUUGUGGAUUACAGCCCGGAUACGGCAACAGCGAAAGCAACUGGAAAGAGACCACGCCUCUCAACCUCAUCAAACGGGCUGGAUGGGAUCAACGGUGGCAUUCUGGCGAUUGACGAAGACGCACCACCGCCGGAACCAGACUUUGAUUUCUCCGAACAUUCGGAACUCGAAAAUACCAAGUUCUUGCUGCGGAACGGCUUCAACGGGAACUUUAUCCGGUUCAAAAUCCGUGAGAUGAACGGAGGAUUGGAAGGAUCUGACGAUCAUCGGAACCACCAGAGCUUGUCCACCGUAGAUAUGGACUAUGACGACGACGAGGAUGACGGAACCGGCUAUCUACCAGCGCUGGAAGAUAUCCCAACCAAGACGGAACCUCCGUUUCCGGAAGAACAACCGCAUGACGACAUUUCCGGACUGUUCCGACGAAUCAGCUCGGCCGAAAGGUUACGGAAGUUGCGCGAGUGCACGGACAAGCUCGCCCAGUACCAACUGCCGAUGUGCAUUUAUCAGGUGGAAAAUGUGGACGAUCGACUGACGGCGGUGGCCAUCGACGGCACCAGCUGCCACUUGGCCUCUGGGUUCGAGGACUCUUCCAUCAUGCUGUGGUCGGUCAACCGAAGCACCCAGAUCGGCCGGAAGCCGUAUGCGGCGCUGCGCGAUCGACAAUGCCACUGGAAUGUGACCGCCUGUGAUAGUAGCUUUAGUGAGGAUGAAGAAGCAGAGGAAGAGGGCGAUGACGAAGAGCAGCAAGAAGACGACGAAGGCGGUGGGCGGGAAUCUGACGACCCUGGUGAGGCUUCCGGACUGAGAAAUUUGUUCCGGCUCAGAUCUUCUGCAGAGGUGAAUCGACUGAACAAGCUGCUGCCUGUGUACAGCCGACGACUGAACAAACGGGAUCGUUUGAAGCAGUUCAUGGACCGGAAGUGCAGCGACAAUGUGUUCACCGAAACCGGCGGCGUAACGCUUCGUGGCCACUCGAACGCCGUAACGGAUCUUCUCUUCUCCGCUCACACGCCCCUGCUGCUGAGCGUGUCGCGGGAUCUCACGAUGCGGGCGUGGCAGGCCAGCGACUACAACUGUCGGGCCGUCUACCGCGGUCACAACCACCCGAUCUGGUCCGUAGCGGAAAGUCCCACCGGGCUGUACCUGGCGACGGGUUCACGAGACACGACCGCUCGACUGUGGUGCACCGACCGGGAGUUCCCGCUACAAAUCUACGUCGGACACACGCAGGACGUGGACACAGUGGCGUUCCACCCAAACGGGAACUACCUCGCAACGGGGUCAACCGAUCUGACCGUUCGACUGUGGUGCGUCACGAGCGGGAAACUGUUCCGGAUAUUCACCGACUGUCGACAACCGGUCAAUCGGAUCAGCUUCAGUCCGGAUGGGAAGUACCUGGCCGCAGCUGGCGAAGAGAACCGCGUCCGUAUCUUCGACCUGGCCGCCGGUUCCCAGCUGACCGAACUGCGCGAACACUCCUCACCGGUGACGUGCGUCACCUGGUCCGCCAACAGUCGCCACUUUGUGUCGGCCGGCGCCGACGGAACGGUUCGCGUCUGGGACGCGCUCAAAAUGGUUUCCACCUCAUCCUCCUCCUCCUCCAGCAGCUCAACUGCAGCUGCCAACAACAGUCCAAACCCGGCAGCAAACGGCGCCCACAAUCACACAAACCACUCUCAAAAGACUCCCACCAGCUCCGGGUCGUCGUCGUCGUCAAGCAAUAAUCUCCUGCUGGCCUACUCGACCGGCUGCCGGCGAAUCUACCGGUUGCACUACAAUCAACUCAACGGAAGCAUCUGCUGCAUCGGAAAUAGUUAGGAGUGUCGUCGUCGGCGGCGUUGGGUUACGCGUGGCGUAAAGUAUUAUUUAUUACCUUGAAACUCUUGCGGCGAUCCGAGUCGACUCCCCAUCCAAACCAACGAUUGACAACCUCUUCCUUUUUUCAUAUACUCAGUGUUUGUUUUAUCCCAUUCCCCACCCUUUAGAUCCAUUCGUUGACCUUCCCCCAACUGUUGACGUUGCGUAAGUUUAAGCAGAACAAAAGGUCCUUUUCCUAGACGGAAUAGAAAGCGUGUGUUUAUAGCAAUUUGGGUGUACGUGCGGAUGGAUGAGAAAUAAAAGCGCAGCAAGCCAAGCAAAACAAAGAAUAAAAUAGAGGUGAAGCUAUUGUGCGUAGAAAUUAAA